AUGAAGUGCGAGACAUGUAUGGCGAACAUGGCAGAGUGCCCUGGCCACUUUGGUCACCUUGAGCUUGCGAAACCCAUGUUUUAUAUUGGCUUCUUGAAGACCGUGCUCAGCAUCAUGCGAUUUUUUUGCUUCAAUUGCUCGAAAAUAUUAGCUGAUGAGGAUCAUUUACUUUGUGGGAUGAAAGCAAUUGAAGUGUUUGUGCACGCCUCUUAUUUCUAUCCGCUUUGGGAAGACCACCAACCAAGGGAGCCUCUUAUGUCCAACAACACCCAUAAGAAAAAAGGCAGCUUUCAGUUAUCAAAUAUCACUCUUUCUAUUGGAUAUGGAAGCCCUGCUCUAGAUAGCGCCAUUUAUUGGUACAAUGCUUGUUAG